AUGGCUACGCUUGUCAAUUCUCUUGCCGUACCGUCAACAUAUCGUGAUCAGCUUUACCAGGGCACUUCGAAUCAAUUCGUCGAUGAUCUUUCCGCUACCACCACACUUUAUGUCGGAAACUUGUCUUUCUACACAACAGAAGAACAAAUAUAUGAAUUAUUUUCGAAAUGUGGCGAGAUCAAGCGUAUUAUCAUGGGCUUGGACCGCAAUCAAAAGACACCAUGUGGUUUCUGUUUUGUAGAAUAUUACCACCGCACAGACGCUUUGGACUGUAUGAAGUAUGUCAAUGGUAGCAAACUCGAUGAACGUGUAAUUCGUUGUGAUUUGGAUCCAGGAUUCAAAGAAGGCAGACAGUUUGGACGUGGAAGAAGUGGAGGGCAGGUGCGUGAUGAGUAUCGCACAGAGUAUGAUUCCGGUCGUGGUGGAUGGGGUCAUCGUACUCGUGCUCAAUUAGAACGCGAGAGAGAGAUGGAUAUCAAGGAGAACUACGAGCCCAUUAAGGAAGUACCUCAGGGCGCAGGAGAGUAUAAGAGCAGAGUUCCUAUGACAGGUAUGAACAAGAGAAGCCGUGAUUACGAGCAGCCAGAAAACAGAAAGCGACACAAGGAACAAAACCCUCGUUUCAGAGAGAACGAGGGAGAGGACGACGAAGAUUAGGUUCUCUUAACAUGACUGAUUAUUGGGUUGGGCAUCAUUAUCAGUUCUAUAUUAUCCUCUUAUAUAUACACACGCACACACAGCCUCUUCAUAUAAUAAAGAAAAGAAAGGAAAAGAAAACAGAGAAAAAAACG